UAACCUUACCUUAAUAAUGCCACGAUUACGAAUACGAUUACAAACUGAUUAUUUGGUUGCAUGUAAACGUACCUACUGGUGCUACAACUGAGCGUUGAAUUCUGUGCAUUUUUAUUUUUGUACAUUUCAUCUUUUGCAGAUUUGGACCGAGUGCCCUUCCAGAGCAGAAGGCAUAGACCUACACUUUUACUGCACGGACUUGGAGUCUUAAAUGUUUUCUGAUUAGAACUAGUUACUCAGAGGGUUGGUCUUGGUCAUCUUGAUUGUAAAUUUAGGACUUCAAAAUGAAUUUUCACUAUAUUUUCAAAAGCCCAAAACGGCUUGCUGAUGCUUAUAAAGAUAAAAGCACAUUGCUAAAAUCAGAGACAGGGGCUAUCCCAGUUUAUAAAACUCCCCUGACGGAAGAACAAAUCAAUGUUGAUGGGUGCAAGCAAUUCAGUUUUGGGAAAACGUCCAAUACAUCUAAUCGCACCAUAAUGGUUCUCGGAGCAACUGGGGCUGGGAAGUCAACUCUCAUCAAUGGGAUGAUCAAUUACAUUCUAGGUGUCGAAUGGGAGGAUUCAUAUCGGUUUAAGUUAGUUGAUGAGGGUCAGUUGAAAUCACAAGCCGAAAGUCAAACUUCUGAAGUCACUGUGUACAAACUCAACCACCAGGAGGGUUUUAAAGUAGAUUGCUCACUGACCAUUGUUGACACUCCAGGCUUUGGAGAUACAAGAGGCAUAAAAAGAGACCAGAUGAUCACAGAACAGCUACGUAAUCUCUUCUCUGCUGAUUGUGGUGUCAGUGAAAUUGACGCUGUGUGUUUUGUAGCUCAGGCUGCUUUAGCACGACUCACGCCAUCACAGAAAUAUGUGUUUGAUUCUGUGCUCUCAAUCUUUGGCAAAGAUGUGGCUGAAAACAUCCGGGUUCUGGUGACAUUUGCAGAUGGCCAGCAACCACCAGUUCUAGAGGCAAUCAAUGCUUCAGGUGUCCCAUGUCCUAAAACAAAAGACGGGCUGCCAGUUCACUUCAAAUUCAAUAAUUCAGCGUUGUUUGCAAAAAACAAAUCAUCUGCAGCAGACAGUAUGAGUGGAGAUGAUGAAGAUGAAGGAGGCUUUGAUGAGAUGUUUUGGAACAUGGGAAUAAAAAGCAUGAAGAGGUUCUUUGCUGCUAUAAAUAAAAUAGAAACCAAAAGCUUAAAAAUGACGAAAGAGGUCCUCAGAGAAAGAAAGCAGCUUGAGAAUACAGUUGAAAAUGUGCAGAAGCAGGUUAGACUUGGGUUAGCCAAGCUUGAGGAGAUAAAAGAGACAACUGGAAAACUAAAAGAGCAUGAGGGAGAAAUCAGCAGAAAUGAAAACUUUGAGUUUUAUGUCAACAUCAAAAAGCCCGUUCAAAUAGAUAUUUCUCAAACUGGAAGUUUCAUCACCAACUGUCAGCAGUGCCAUGUGACCUGUCACUAUCCUUGUCAAAUACCAAAUGAUGCAGAUAAAGCAGGCUGUUAUGCAAUUGGAGCAGAUGGAAACUGUACUCAGUGUCAAAACAAAUGUCAUUGGACAUUACAUUUUAAUCAGAAGUACAGAUGGGACUAUGAGGACGUUCAAGAAAAACGAACAGUGCAAGAGCUGAAAGAAAAGUACCAGAAUGCCACAAAGGCUAAAAUAACUGUUAAGGAAUUGGUUGAUGAGCUAAAGGCUGACUAUGAUAAUGUGCAGGCUAAGGUGAUGGAAUUGAUGGAGAGGUCUUCUAAAUGUUUAAACAGACUAAAAGAGAUAGCACUGAAGCCAGAUCCUCUCUCCACUACAGACUACAUUGACAUGCUUAUUGAUGGAGAGAAAUCUGAGGCCAAGUUAGGCUGGAAGGAACGUGUUGAGGCCUUGAUAAACAUGAGACAUAAAGCAGAGUUAUUGGCUAAAGCAGUCAGAGGAGAGAAACUCCUCCAUCGUCAAGAAUCACAAAUAUAGGGCGCAAUGUAAUAAUACAUUGACAUAUUAUUGAAAAACAGAAAUCUGAGGCCAAGCCUCAGUAGAGGCAAUGAGUUUGGUCUAUAUAGUCAAGACAAAAAGCAGAGUAUUUCAAUAAGUGUCUUAUACUAAGCCUGAGAUUAAAAUUACUUUGACUAAGGAAAUCGCAAGCAUAAAUGUGUCUAAGAUAAAGAUAAAAUCUGGUGUUACUUUUUAAAAACGUAUUCCUUACAUAUGUGCUGUUAUGAACAGAUUAACUUGUGGUGAUACAUUUUAAGUGUGACCACAUUGUGUGCUGGAACCACAAUGUUUACAUAUAUCUACACUGCACUUAAUUUACAGUAUCCAAUUCACUUCUUGUCAAGUUUUAAAGUUUUUUUCUACUCAAG